AUCGCUAAACGCAAACACAACAAACAUAAGUUUGUUUAUUUUUGAUUUUCUGCGAUUUACUCCCCCAAAUGAAUCGACCGAGUAGCUGGGACGAGCCCCAAGGACCCUGCAGGUACUGUGAGCUGGCGGUGGAGGAUGACAACUACCUGGAGUGCCAACAGUGUCGUCGGAUGGUGCACAUCAAGUGCCUACCGCAUGCGAGCACGCCCGGCGAUCUUCUGGGCGACGUCUUCUUUGAGUUCACGUGCGUCAAAUGCGUGGUGGACAAGAUGCAGGAAUCAGAAGUGCCCACAUCCUUGAAGCCCAUUAAAGAGGUCUUUGUGCGACAAAGGAUACCAUGGCUUCUGGUGCUCACCUUAACGCUGUACAAUUUGUCGGUCAAACAGAAGGGCUUAGGCCACCACGGGUUCUUUCACUGGCGCACUCACAUAAUCAGCUUUGUGGACAAGAACUGGAACUACAUCUUUGGACAAAAUGUGCGCCGACGGAAGCAAUGGACUGGUUCCGUUUCCGGCGCUCUGUCGCACAACAGUCCGCAGUUUUUUCAAUCGGGGCAAGACGUUUUUCAGGAGAACGGAUGGUGGAAACUGGCUAAGCCCUAUCAAACACCCAGAAGUGUCCUCAGAGAAUAUGAGAAAAAGCAACAGCAGCGUCUGCAAUUGCGCAUUGAAAAGCGUUUGCCAGCCGGGGAUGAGACCAGCUGCAGCAGUGAGAUCUCAGUGACCGAUCAUAGCCAGGAUAACGCCCAGCACAUAAAGGUUGAAACUGACUCAACCAACAUAACAAUGGGCUGCGCCCGUACCAUUCCCUAUAUGGGUCGCCAGCCACAAGUUCCCCCAACACCUUUAUCCGUACCAGAAGAACCACUUCCGCCAACACCAUCCUCUCAAGAAAGUAUUCCCCCUCCCAGGCAGGAUGUGGAAGAAGAGGAACCACAGGAAGAAUCUAUGAGCAUGAUUCAAGCCAACCUUUUAGAUUUUCUGACUGAGAGCUUCAAAGUAGAUGAUCUUGGUAUGUUUGGUAGCCUGCCACCUCCUUUGAUUGGAGCGGGUAAGAGCGAUUUCUUCAUGACCGAACCUUUGCUGGAAGCGCCUUCAACUAGUGGAGGCCUGCACGAGAUGGACACAGAUUUUAGCUUACCAAGUACCACAGAAAAUGUAAAAGGAACCAAAGAGAUCAAAGAGGAGACCAAAACCAAUUCAACCGAAGAAACGAGCGGCGAAAGUGGGGAUGAGCAAAAAGAAGGCGAAGAGGAGGAAUCCUCCGCCUAUCAACCACGCAUAGUGCAGGUUACAAAUUACCAAGCGCAAGACCCAAGUGAGACCGUUAAAGAGGAGCCACUAGAAGAGGAAAUAUUGGGUGAAGAUGACACUUUACAGAACCAAUCAACAUUUAUAGAGCCUUGCAAGCCAAGUGGUUUUGUUCGCCAGCCACGUAGAAAUUGGCCGUGGUUGCAGGAGGCCCACGAUUCAGAUGAUCUGGCCAUUCCCAGUGAGAAUCUUCAACUUAUCAGUGUGUACGAGGAGCAGAAGUUGUAUAAACGUCUUCAUCGUAUUAUUUCGUUGGAGAAACAAUGCCAAAUAAACAUUCCCGCCUAUGUUAGGCGGAUGUAUCGAAAGCUUUCUCUACGAAAGUGGAAAAGGGAACACAAUCGCUCUAUAUUUAACCUGGAUGAACAUAUAGAUCCCUCGGGAAGGGCUCGGUUAAAGAUGCAGGGUCAUCAGCAGGCUCAAAUAUUGGAUAGAUAUCAGCUCUUGGCGCAUUCGCGGCAGGACGCAAGGAGCUCGUUCCUCGCACGCUUAGCAGGUUGUACUCAGUACGAGCUAUUUGAGUCGCCUUACUCCCAGAGGGUUCUCCAUCCCUUCAUCUUUCGGAGCGAAACUAUGGAUCCUCCCUGGCUGAAACUCAUGUGCGAGCUGCAGCAUCGAGUGAAUCGCUCGCAUCCCACGAGAUCAACCAUCGACUUUUGCUAUGUGAGACCGCAGCAUAUUCCGGCGGUGAAUGCAUUGCUGCAGAGCGCUUUUUGGCCAAAUAUUGAUGUGAGUGAGUGCCUCAGCUAUCCUGACUACAGUGUAGUGGCCCUGUACAAAAAACUGGUCAUCGGCUGUGGGUUCCUGGUUCCCGAUGUGGGUUAUAAUGAGGCCUAUAUCUCCUUUAUGGCCGUGCGUCCAAAUUGGCAACGCAGUCGCAUCGCUAGUGUUAUGCUUUACCAUCUUAUCCAGACGUGCAUGUCCAAAGACAUUACGCUGCACGUUUCCGCCAGCAAUUCAGCUGUGAUGUUGUACCAAAAGUUUGGGUUUAAAAUGGAGGAGAUCAUUCUGGACUUUUAUGACAAGUACAUGCCACUGGACUCGAAGCAGAGCAGGAAUGCCUUCUUUUUAAGAUUACAAAGAUGAGAGUGUUUUAAAUAUAUGAUAACUAUUUCUACUAA